CACGAAGAAGAAGCAUUUCCUCUUCCGGGUCCUGGACCACAAACGUCGUGUAAACGGCGCGUCUAAACAGAAAGUUUUACAGAACACUGAGAACGUUGGAGUGUUUUACGAGUUUUGAACAGUUUUUUUCAUUCGACUUAUCACACGACUGAAAGAUGUCUCUUCCUAAGCGGGAGGUGGAGGAGAUGAGGCCAUGGGUGGAGCGGACUGUGAAGAAGGUCCUGGGUUUCUCAGAGCCCACAGUGGUUACUGCUGCUCUGCACUGUGUUGGAAAAGGACUGGACAAAAGGAAGACCGCAGACCAGCUUCGUCCCUUCCUCGACGACUCUGCUGGAAGUUUUGUGGAGUGUCUCUUUGAAGCUUUGGAGGAAAGCCGCAGUUCACGUGGCAACAAAGGAGCAGGAGAAAAGCAUCGCAAGAGAGACCUCAAGGACGUAUUUGGUGAUGAGACUGAAAUUGGUGUAGUGCGAGAAGCUCCAGAGGUCGGAGAAGUAACGGCACCAAAGAGGAAACGAGUCCCUCGCUUCCAGGAGGUGGAGGAGCCCGAGGCCGUACCUGCACCUCCACCAGAGAUUCCUGCUAUGCUUACCAAAAUGCAGAUCAAACAAAUGAUGGAAGCAGCCACAAAACAGAUCGAAGAGAGGAAGAAACAACUGAGCUUUCCCUCCUCCGUCAAUGCUGCACAACCACAGAUGGAUACUCCUCCAGUUUCUCGGCUUCUUGGCCAAUCCGUUGCUGCGGCUGGAGGUGGGUCGUCUAUUCCCCCAUCACAGGCUGCCAGCUUCAUGAAUGAUGCUAUCGAGAAGGCUCGCAAGGCUGCAGAGCUACAGGCCCGAAUCCAGUCCCAGUUGGCCAUGAAACCUGGAAUCCUCGGAGCCCUGGGGAACACUGGGCCCCACAACCUAGUGGCACUAGCAAAUCUACACGCUAUGGGAAUUGCCCCACCGAAAGUUGAAAUCAAGGAGGUGAACAAGCCAACCCCUCUUAUUCUGGAUGACUUGGGAAGAACUGUGGAUGCUAGUGGCAAAGAGGUUGAACUCACACACCGCAUGCCGACACUGAAAGCUAACAUUCGAGCGGUAAAGAGGGAGCAGUUCCGUCAGCAGCUGAAGGAGAAGCCCGGGGAGGACUUGGAGUCCACUUCUUACUUUGACCAACGUGUGUCCAUCACACCGGCACAGCGCCUUCGCAGGGGAUUCAAAUUCCAUGAUCAGGGGCGCUUUGAGAAGAUUGCUCAGAGAAUUAGAACAAAGGCUCAGUUGGAACGGUUACAGAAUGAGAUUGCCCAGGCAGCAAAGAAGACAGGAAUCCAGGCAUCCACCAAGCUGGCUCUGAUUGCCCCGAGGAAAGAGAUGGGAGACGGCGAGGUGCCCAACAUUGAGUGGUGGGACUCCUACAUCCUGCCUUACAACAUAGACCUAUCACCCGACACAACCUUUGAAGAGUUGGAGCUUUUUGGUGUGACCAAUCUGGUUGAACAUCCCGCCCAAAUCAGCCCUCCAGUUGACACAGAUAAGCCGGUAACGCUCGGCGUUUACCUGACAAAGAAAGAACAGAAGAAACUAAGAAGACAGACACGUAGGGAAGGACAAAAAGAAGUUCAAGAGAAGGUUCGUCUGGGACUGAUGCCUCCACCAGAACCCAAAGUGCGCAUCUCUAACCUGAUGAGAGUGCUGGGGACGGAGGCUGUCCAGGACCCUACAAAGGUGGAGGCCCACGUCAGGGCGCAGAUGGCCAAGAGACAGAAGGCUCAUGAGGAGGCCAAUGCAGCCCGCAAGCUCACAUCAGAGCAACGUAAAGAGAAGAAGGUCAAGAGGCUAAAAGAAGACCUCAGUGAUGGAGUUCACAUUGCAGUGUACAGGAUACGUAACUUGCAUAAUCCCGCUAAGAAGUUUAAAGUGGAGGCCAAUGCCAACCAGCUGUACCUGACAGGCACAGUAGUUCUGCACAGAGACGUCAACCUUGUUGUGGUGGAGGGAGGUCCCAAAUCCCAGAAAAAGUUCAAGAAGCUGAUGUUGCAUAGAAUAAAAUGGGAGGAACACAACAGUAAAAGAGAUGAUCCAGACGCGGACGAUGAUACAAAAAGGAACAACAAGUGCUGGUUAAUUUGGAACGGCACAGCUAAAGAGCGUAACUUUGGGGAGAUGAAGUUCAAGCAGUGCCCAACGGAGAACAUGGCCAGAGAACACUUCAAGAAACACGGCACAGAACACUACUGGGAUCUAGCUCUCAGCAAGAGUGUGCUGGACCACCCAGAUGACUGAAACCCUGAUUAACUGCCUCUCCUGGAAGACCCGCUGCUGACUGGCCACCGUUAACUGAGGACAGACAGACAUAACCAAGAGAGUCUAACAUAGAAAAGGAGGAACAAUAAACCUGUGUGGAUGCUUUUGCAUGAAUGAAUUUGUGUGUGUGUGUGGGCGCGUGUACCUCUGCAUCAGUGUUUCCAUCAUUUUGUCCGCAGGCUAUUCUGUCACAGUACAAAGUGACCGAUUGCACUGCCAUGUACAUCACUUACCUAAAGUGAUCUCACAUGUAUGUUGACAAUAAACCAUGUUUUGAGUUAAGCAGUAAAUAAACAAACGCCCUGUUGGUGAGAUAGUGUUUCGACCUUGUUCCCUGACUAGAAGUAAUUACUCGUACAUUUUACUGAAUUGGACAUUUCCAAAUUAAGUCCUUGUUUUUUUCUUUUUUUUUUUUUGGAGGGAGAAAUUAGUAAAUCUUUAACUCCGCAUGUAGCUAACGUUACAGUCACAGCCUCAAAUAAACACAAUUCAACUGA